AUGAGCGCCGCAUCUACCGAAAAGACAAUUCCCAGCCAAGGAGUUGAGACGAGAAGGUCAACUUCCCUCAACCGCACCUGUGAGGGUUGUCGCCAGAGAAAGAUCAAAUGCAUCGUCGCAUCCCCUCAAUCAUCCACCAACUCCCAGAAGUGCGCCCGAUGUUCCAAACACAAUUUGGACUGCGUCUUCCUUCCUCCCGCCAUCAGAAGGAGGCGCAACAAUAAGAACGAGGCCAGGAUCAAGGAUCUCGAGCGGAAGCUGCAGCAAAUCCAGGAUGCCCUUGCCGAGUCACCAGCUGACGUCGACCCCGGCAUGGUCUUUUCAGAAGGAUCCCACUCUGGCGAUGCCAUUGAGUCGUGGCAUCCAGACUUUCAGCAGCCGUCCGCUUCGUCCACUUACUCACUGCCGCCAGAAACGUUUCUUACCUCAACUUGCCUCUCUUAUGUUACCUCAGAAGAUCCCAUAUCAACUAGUUUAACUCUGGCGCCCAUUUAUCCUCUGGUGCAUCUUCCCCCACAUUGGACAUGGCAGCAGACUAGAGAAGCGAAACCUGCUCACUUCAGAGCCAUCCUAACGGCUGCUUCGAGCGAGCGCGACCCGGCAUUCUUCAAGGCCAUGUUCCGCAACACAGGCAUGUAUGUCACAGAAGAGGUCUCCAUAAAGGGCAACAAGUCGCUUGACCUGAUUCAAGCGUUUCUGGUGCUAUCAGCGUGGUACUGCCCCAUGGAUGAUUUUCGAAAGCUGAAGUUUAGCCAGUACGCAAACUUGGCGGCAAGUAUGGUAUUGGACUUGAGGUGUUCGAAUGACGAGCAGUAUCGGAUACCAUCGGCUAGGGAAACGUUUAUGAACUCAGAGCAGUUGAACGAGACGUGUCGAACGUUUCUGGCAUGCUACUUCUUUUGUUCAAGUAUGGCGUUCUCUUAUCGACGACCCAGUGUUCUCCGCUACCAAUCUUGGGUUGAUGCCUGCAUAAGAGUGCUCCAAGCAGCACCGGCUAUCUCCCUAAAUGACUCCCGACUGAUAGAGUGGACAAAGCUCCAGAUCAUUGCGGAGGAAUGUAUGUCAGCGGCUGGACUCGAUGAUGAGUCCAAUGUCUGUUUAGCGGACGACAGAGUUCGGCGAGUAUUAAAGCUUGGCAUUGAAAGAGUGGUGUCGUGGAAGCAACAGGUUUCCCCUGAGGUUAUCCAUCAACCGAUAAUAAUCCACUACUACAUGGUGCUGAUCAGCCUCCACGAGCCGGCCUUUUACGAGGGGCAUGAUAUGCAGGACUUUCGACCGCCAUACAGACUGCGUCCUCUACCUCUGGCCAAGAGCCUAGAUCAUCCCGAUUCAAUCACCAUCGCCAACUCCCUUGUCCAGUGCGUCAGCUUAGCACAAACAGUAAUCAACACGUUUCUGAACACCCCAACGGAAACCCUCAGAGUCCUGCCCGUCAUCGUAUACACCCGAAUUACUUACGCAGCAGUCACGUUGAUCAAGUUUGACGUUUCUGCCCGGAUGCCGCAGAGCGUUGCGUGCAUGUUGGAUGACAUCCAGCUGAGCCCAAAGGUGCUGCUGUUACAGCUUCUCGACAAAUUGACCGCGGCUGCGGGGAGCGAGAAUGUUCUUGUGCCGGUUGUCUUUCGAGGGGCUUUGGCACGGAUGACGAGGUGGUAUAUCGACCAGUUUGAGAGCUUUCAGGAGCCGGAUCAAGAGGAAGUCUUUGAACCGAUGAUGUAUAUUGGGGUUGAUGCUGAGAGCAGUAGCGGUUUGGAUGCUGGUUAUGGAGGCGGUGUUGAACCGCAUGGGCUUGUUACGGAUGCAAGUGUCAACUUUUUGGAUCUCCAUGCACAUAAAAUAACAGCCCCAGUGGUAGCAUUUUGUGAGACGGACUACAGAGUCGUCUCCCUCAAGUCAACUUCUACAAUCCAUCUAUCGGACGAGCUUGACACGAGUACAAGCCAAUGCUUUCUACUUGUUGUCGCACGCAUACGCGGAUCUUCCUACGCCCCAGCCAAGUGGCGCUCCUAUAAGCGCGGUUUUUGA